CAUUUCUACUGUGAUACCUGUUCUGUCCCCAUAUGUCGGGAAUGUACCAUGGGACGACAUGUGGGUCACAGCUUUAUCUACCUCCAAGAUGCCCUACAGGAUUCCAGGACUCUCACCAUUCAGCUCCUGGCAGAUGCUCAGCAAGGACGACAGGCUAUUCAACUGAGUAUUGAACAGGCCCAGGCUGUGGCAGAGCAGGUUGAGAUGAAAGCAAAGGUGGUACAGUCUGAAGUAAAAGUAGUGACUACUAGGCAUAAGAAGGUAGAGCGGGAAUGUGAGCUGCUCUGGAAGGUGGAAAAGAUUCGUCAAGUCAAGGCUAAGUCACUGUACUUGCAAGUUGAGAAGUUACGUCAGAACCUAAAUAAGCUGGACAACACCAUUAGUCCACAGGAAGAUGACAGGAUCAUGUUCACUCCCCCUGACCAGGCAUUGUAUAUGGCCAUUAAAUCAAUGGGCUUUGUCAGCAGCGGGGCUUUCGCUCCUCUGACCAAAGCCACUGGGGAAGGCCUCAAGCGUGCACUGCAGGGCAAAGUGGCCUCUUUCACAGUGAUAGGCUAUGACCAUGAUGGUGAACCUCGCCUCUCCGGAGGUGACAUGAUCUCUGCGGUGGUCAUGGGCCCGGAUGGAAACCUCUUCGGGGCAGACGUCAGUGACCAGCAGAACGGAACCUACCUGGUCAGCUACCGUCCACAGCUAGAGGGGGAGCACCUGGUGUCUGUGAUGAUGUGCAACCAGCACAUUGAGAACAGCCCUUUCAAAGUCACGGUGAAAUCUGGACGCAGCUACAUAGGCAUUGGGCUGCCAGGGCUCUCCUUUGGCAGUGAGGGAGACAGUGAUGGCAAACUCUGCCGCCCUUGGGGGGUUAGUGUAGACAAAGAAGGCUACAUCAUCGUUGCUGACCGCAGUAAUAACCGCAUCCAGGUGUUCAAACCAUGCGGGACCUUCCACCACAAGUUUGGCACACUGGGCUCCCGGCCAGGCCAGUUCGAUCGCCCUGCCGGCGUGGCCUGUGACAUCUCGCGUCGCAUCAUUGUAGCUGACAAGGACAAUCAUCGCAUCCAGAUCUUCACGUUUGAGGGGCAGUUCAUUCUGAAGUUUGGGGAAAAAGGAACAAAGAACGGGCAAUUCAAUUAUCCAUGGGAUGUGGCUGUCAACGCAGAGGGCAAGAUCUUGGUCUCUGACACAAGGAACCAUCGCGUUCAGCUGUUUGGGCCGGAUGGUGUGUUUCUUAACAAGUAUGGCUUUGAAGGGGCACUCUGGAAGCACUUUGAUUCCCCCAGAGGUGUGACUUUCAAUCACGAGGGCCACUUGGUAGUGACGGACUUCAACAACCAUCGCCUUCUGGUCAUCCAUCCGGAUUGCCAGUCGGCACGCUUUCUGGGCUCAGAGGGCACCGGGAACGGCCAGUUCCUGCGCCCGCAGGGAGUGGCGGUGGAUCAAGAGGGGCGCAUCAUCGUGGCUGACUCCAGGAACCACCGGGUGCAGAUAUUUGAGUCAAAUGGUAGCUUUUUGUGCAAGUUUGGCACUCAGGGAAGUGGCUUCGGUCAGAUGGACCGUCCUUCAGGUAUAGCUGUCACCCCUGAUGGCAUGAUUGUUGUGGUCGACUUUGGAAACAAUCGAAUUCUCGUCUUCUAAUCUGUGUUUGAAUUAGGAAGAAACUGUCUCAGGGAAAUUCUUCUAAGAGAAAA